AUGGCCUUCUGGGCCGACAUCGACGACGAGUAUGUGCAACGAUAUCAGCAAUGGCACAAUUGCGAACACGUACCUGAGCGCGUCUCUAUUCCUGGUUUCAUUGAAGGCCGCCGAUACCGAGCACUUGACAAUAGCCAUCACUUCUUGAUGUAUUACGACACAACCGACACCAAAGUCUUGUCGUCCGAUGCCUACAUGGCGGCCUUGAAUAAGCCGACGAAGUGGACUGGCGAGGCUUUGACGCAUUUCCGCAAGCCAACAAGAGACAUCUUCUCCAGGAUAGCGAUGUCCUCGAAACACUUUCCAUUCGCUGCGCCUUACCUCACUUCCAUGCGAUUCGACCUGCCAGACGGAGGGGAGGAGAAGUAUGCAAAUCAGUGGCUCUCGAGUGUCGGAUCACUGGAACACGUCAUUAGAGUCCGGAUGUACAAGGCAGAUGCAGCGAUCGCGAAGAUGGGCACAUCUGAGAGCAAAGUGCAUGGCGGUGGGCCAGGGAAGCAGACAUACCUCGUCUUUAUCGAGCAGUCUCUUCCACCAGAUGAGACAGAGGAUGCUGUCAGUUUCGGAGAUGCGAAGAUUGGUAAUGUGCUGAGGCAGAGCGAGGAAGUCGGAAAAUAUUGGUUGGAGAUGGCGCAUGUCAAGCGUGAGCGCAAUUGA